AAGGAUAAUUUAAUAGACCUCAGACUUUGGUCAAGCCUGUCUAGCCCUUAGACAAUCGUCAAGCUUGUUCCUGUGUAUAAGGGGCAGGAGGGGGGGCAGAAUGGAAAAUUUUAAGCAGAACAAUUUGUAAUAGACAGGCAUGUUAAAGUAUAACCACAACAGUAGUGUUAGAAAGGAUGUUAAACCACAAGAGAAACAUUUGUGAAUAACAGGAAAAAGCUUGUUUUUCUAUAGCCCAAAUAAGGGCGCUUGUUUUAAUAGAUUCCUAAUAAGGCAAAAUAUCGAUGCGGAAGUGUAACCGGUUGUGGUUUUAAGCUAUAUACACUCCUGUGUUUCUGUAUUUGGCAAAGCAGCGUGCCCUGGCUGUCUCUCAAUUGCAUGCACAUGCUUGAAAUAAGUGGGCCUCAGGCUGGUUCUGAUCCAAACACAACGCGUGGUCAUUUUUCCACAACAGAACCAUGGACUUGCUGAUGCUCCUGGGCUGCGUCUCGCUGUGGGUGGGGCUGGCGCUGGCUGAAGUGGGGUCGUUCAGUGAGUGCAGAAACUUUUUCUACCACAGAGCUGAGCCACAGGGCUUGGACGUGGCUAACACAGCCGAGAUCUGCCAGAAGUACAACAAUCUAUACUACUUUGCAACCCUCUAUGACAGGGCCAACCGGAUCCCGUGCUGGUCGGCGUACAAGCUGGGUGAUGCUGCCUGCCCAGGGCAGGCCAAGAAGAUGAGCCAGUGGUUUGUGGAGCCCCAGCUGGCUGAUCCGAGUAAGUCCCCAGAAAUGAAGACGGAGGCUGAGUCAGCACUGAGCCUGGACGAGCGGAGGUCCAGCCAGGCCGUCAAUGAGGAUUAUGAAGACACGUCAUACGACCGGGGGCACCUGAACCCAAACGCCUUCCAGUGUAAUGAUGGCCGCACAGCCACCUUCACCCUCACCAACGCCGCCCCCAUGGACCCCUGCUUCAACCGGAUCCACUGGUACAGGCUGGAGGAAACCCUCAAGACACAGCUAACUGGGAGCUGCAGAAAUGUGGGAGGCACCCCCUACCUGGUGACAGGAGCUGUUCCCAGUGACAGUAAGAAAAUCCCCAUAGAGGGGGAGGACAAGGAAGGGGACCGUAACCGGCCAUACAACCGGGUCUCGGUGCCCACCCACAUCUGGACAGCUGUUUGCUGCGACCAUUGGGACAACAACCGCAAAUUCUCCUUCUCCUUCAUAGGAGAGAACAAGGAGGCAUCCAGUCUUCAAAUCAUCCCUGUGGAGCAGCUAAACACAAACCUUUCACAGCUGUACAAGACUUCUGAGCCAGUCGAGGUCUUUGCAGAUGACUGUGGCUCCAGGAGCCCGAAAGGACUACAGGUUUUGUCAGCAGUAAAGAAAGCCUUGUACAACAGCUUCCGGAACUUUGUAAUAGACUCUUACUCCCAGCUCCUUCCACCGGCGAAAAGGAGUAAACUGGACAGGGAGACCACCCAGGUGAUGACAAGCACAAACUUGGAUCAGAACAAGAUGCAGCUGACGAGCAUUGGGUUCCUGAUGGGUAUUUCCAGCCUGGCAGACUGGCACAGUCAGUUUGAGAACACGUACAAACAGGACAACCUGGCCUGUGUGCUGGCCCCUGCUGUGGCUGGAGUGGCAAAGGCUUCCGGGAUUUCGGACAGAGUCUGCACCCUCCAGGAGCAGAAACACCUGCCGAACUCUGGUGUAACAGCCAAAGGGUGGAGCUGUGUUGGGCAGACCUGUGGCGAGCAUGGAUACAAAUACAGCUGGUGUUACACGUCUUACAAGAAUGACUGGGAUUACUGCUGUACGGAGAAGUGCACAGUGGAUCCAGGGUCUAAACGAUACGAGUGCCCACGAGGAGAUGGUUCCACCACGGAAUGCUCACCCCAGUACUCCACGGUGACCGUCUCUGGGAAGGCCUGUCGGGCUGACCAUCCCUGUGGCCUUUAUGAGACAAGUUACUUCUGGUGCUAUACAGAUUAUCGAGACAACUGGGACUAUUGCUGCUCCCCCCAGCACUACUGUGGGUACCACAGCUCUGACUACCAGUGGUGUUACAGCCAGGACCCAAAGGCAGCCUGGAGGGAGUGCACCCCGUGACACGCCCACUGGGGAGGGAAGGGGCAACUGGGUGCUUGUCUGGCUCCUUCACACCACAGCAGAGAAGAAAUGAACCAGCUACCUUAAUCUAUUAGUGCUAUAGGCCCUGCCCCACGGAUGCAGAGACUCCACCCAUUUCCUCUAUCUGUCUCUUUAGAUUUUAAAAUGUCAUUAAAAAAAAAAAUCUCCCUCCCACCCAGAAUCUUAGACAGCACCUUCAAGCCAUUUCCACAGGAGAGUCUCUUCCACCGGCUGCCUUGGGUUCGAAGGUCUCCAUGCAAUAGGACUGGGCUCCAUCUUUAAAACCAACUACAGACUUUGGAUGACCGACUUCAGACACUUUAAAAAAGGGUGGUUUGCACAGCGUGCUGAGCACCCGGCCUCUCCGAAAUGAGCCACCGUCGGGGGACAUUUUUAAACGUGCCUCAGGAGUUUAGGAGCACAAGUCUCAUUAGCAGUCACUGGAAGUGGUGCUCCUAAAUCUCCUAGGUGGUUUGAAAUUUAUCCCCAUAAAGCUUCUCAUUUUGUGCACCCAAAACACAGGCAUUUAAGCUUUGUCAUCAGAAUUGGUUGGGAAAAGUCGACGAUGGCAUCAUUCAGAUAGUUUUUAAAAGUCCUUUUGUGCAGGACUUUUCCACAGAUUGGCUCAAAUUUUAAGCAGUGAGGGGAUUAGCCACUGGAGCAAUGUACUGGGAAUGUGAUGGAUUUUCUGUCACUUCGGGUCUUUAAAUCAGGCUAGGUCUAGGAUAUCGUGGUAAAAGAUCUGUUCUCAUCCAACAACACGAUACUGGCCUCAGUGCAGGAAUCUCUAGGUGAGGGUCUCUGGCUUGUGUGGCCCAGAAGCUCAGACAUGAUGGUUAGAAAGUUCCUUUCUGCCUCAUUGAUGUAUAUUAAUCUAUCAAUCUGAUCCACUUUUACCAAGAUACCCUUGCAGUAACUGGGACCUGCAGAUCUCUCCUAAUUGUCAGAUCACGUGCAGGGACGUGGCGUGGGUGGAAGUUCAGAAAACAUUGCAAUAACCUGUAACAGUGAUGAUAGAUAGGAGGGUUACGAGAAGGGAUCAGAAAGACAGGAUUCGUCCAAACAAAAAUGCAACCCCAGCACUGUAUUAGGAUCGUGACUGAUAAACCAAGGAAGGACAGACUCAGAAAUCAAUUGAUCAAACAUGGUGUGUCAGAAAUCAGGAUAAUUAGUGAAUGAACUAAUGAGGGGAUUCUCCAUUCCCCCUCCCCCACUCAUCCUUUUUAGAGCUUCAAAAGGAGACUUUGGGGACCAGAAAGUGUGGAGUGGACUCCUGGGGGAAAAGCCAGCAGGCCUCUGGUUUGCUUCAGAGACUCUGUCCUUCAUUGGUGAGCCUGGAUCACCAGGCCAUCCAGGCCAGCACCCUGACGAGGACACCUGGCCAUCACUGCUAGACCAGCAAACACCCUGCUUGAUACAGGUGAGCUCCUGCUCUGUCUGCCCUCUCCUCACGUAUCGCUUUCCUUUCUCCAUUCUCUUCCUCCCCUCGUAUCUCUCUCUCUCAGCUGUUCCCGACCCUGCAGCCAGCUGCAUGACAUGGCGCCAGCGUGACAGGAGGCUCUUUCCUGUAAGGACCAGUGAAGGAGAGGGGCCUAGCCAGACCAGCCAGAUGAGGUCCCUGACCAGCGUAGCGAGCCGGGGCAAGAGCAACAGGUAUCAUGGCCAAUCUGCCAGCCCAGAGCCAAAGCCUACAUCCGUGACUGACCAGCCACCUGGUGUCCUGACAGCAUCAACCAAAGCUGUAUUUCCCCCAUUCAUACUGUGCUGUCUCGUCUCCCCCGUUGUGUCUGUCUGCCUUGUCAAGAUCAGGAAAGGGAACCGUCAUUCACAGGAAUCAGCUCAGAGCCCCACCACAGAACUAGUCCUUUCGUCUCCAAUACAAAGGGUCUCCCAACGGGACGAGAUACUCUAACCAAUAUCCUCCCUCUGAAAAAGGGGCUUGCAGAGGCUUCGAUUAAAUUUCUCUUCCUUAAUGCUCCAUUUCAGUCCCAGAAUGAUUUGUGCUUUGUUUUCAAUCCUUUUUCUCAUGUGUAGCCUAAUCAAUCAAUUAUGAAACUGUGGCAUGGA